AUGUCGGAUUUGGAAGUUAAGAAAAGAAUGAAAGUGGCGUGGAGCGAUGAUUUGAGUCAUAACUCUGAAGAAGACAGAGAGCGUGAACGCCUAGCGCAACUCGAAAGAGAAUUAGCAGAACAACCAGUUAAGCCUGUCUACGAACCUCAGGAAUUAAACCAACUCGUCUCCUACGUCAUGAAGAUGACCACGCUCUUCGACUUACGGGAUCAAGAUUGGAAUGACGAGGCCAAGCAAGCCAUUGAAGAUUGGAUAACGGAACCACGAUCUCUAAUUCUUUGCGUGUAUUUUAAAGGCGAUAGAUUAAAAGCGUCUUUCGAUAUUCCCUUAUCACCUGUUUACGACCUCACCUAUUUUUUAAGGCAGCCCGAUCAAGUUUUCAAAGCGGAAACUUUUCACGACGAAGUGGUCUUCGGUACUUUUGUGGAUUCCGUUGAAUCAAAUAUGAUUCAAAUAUUAGAACUAAUGUACGCUCCUUAUUUCUUUGCUAUUACGACUUGGCCUGAUAGUGUCAAGAGUGAGUUCUGUUCACAAUUGCACACAUUCUUAGCCAAGUUAACAGAUAUGUAUUAUAAAAUGCUCGGUCUCACUGUCCUCUACAUACCGCGUGAGGGUCAGCAGCUGUCGUUCGAAAAGGCGAGUUCUGACAGAGAACUCGUUAAAAGGCUUGAGGGAGUGGUCGUGUACUGGACACAUCAGAUCAAAUCCUGCAUUGAAGAUCAAGCAUCUGUAGCCUCACAGAAGGAACUGUUAUGUCCAAGUGAUGAAUAUGAUUUCUGGGUCUAUAGGCAUGAAAAUUUAAGUGCUCUUGUUUACCAGUUAAAAAAUCCCGCUGUAAAACAUAUCACGAAAAUUCUCGUCACAACUCAUUCCACUUUCAUACAACAGUUUCAAGUUCUUUGCGAGGAAAUUAUACAGAAGAUAAUAGAAGCUACGUCUAAUAUUGAAUAUUUACAAGUUAUAAAGCAACCCUGCGCGGUACUGGAAUGCGUCGUAGACCCGGAUGAUAUUUGUAAACACAUUCCGAAUAUCAUUAAUCUCUUUAGAUUCAUCUGGAUGGAAUCUCCUUAUUAUAAUUCAGAAACGCGCAUCACCAAUCUGUUUAAAGCUUUGAGCAAUCAAAUUAUUAUACUUUGCAAAAAUUAUAUCAAAUUGGAUGAACUUUUUAGCGGUAAAACUAAGAAGGCAUUAGGAGAAUUCACGAAGUGCAUAGAUUGUUGCAAGCAGUAUAGAGAAAUUUAUGAUCUGAUGGCAGAAGCGCACAGCGACGUUAAGCCAGGCAGUUGGGAAUUAGACACCGGGUCUAUCUUCAAUUACAUCGAUUCGUUUGUGCAGAGGUGUUUCGACAUGUUGGAUGUUUGCAAUUGCAUGAUUAUUUUUGGGCGAAUUGACGAGCUUGAAGUAAUAAAUAAGCCGAUGUUUGGCGGAGCUCGUGGAGACCAGUUCGAGGCGAAGUGCGAUCAAAUCGAGCACAUGUUUCUCGAUGCACUCGAUAAUGUGAGGGCUGUCGCUACUAGCAUAUUGGAUGUGCAAGCACCAUCUUGGUACGAUGAUAUCCUACAAUUUAGAACAGUAAUCAAGGAUAUCGAGAUUAUAAUAGAAAAUUUAGUGGAAACUGUCUUUGAAGGCGUGAAUCAUGUAGAAGAAGCAGUUGUGGCGCUGUUUUCGUUACACAAUUAUUCAAAACGGAAGAACCUCCGAAGAAUUUUUAAACGAAAAACUGCUGAGGUGUGGGCGAUGUUCAGCGACGAGGUGCAGGCGGCCAAGAAGGAGACGGUGGCGAGUCGCGGUGCGCGGGCGGGCGCGUUGCCGCACGCGGCCGGCCGCGCCGCGCUGCUGCGCGCGCGCACGCACGGCCUGCGGUACCUCAAGAAGGUGAUGACCGACGCUUCCGUGUGGUUGUUGCCGUGCAGCAACUCGGAGGAUGUCAUCAUGCACGUGAACAGGCUUGUGGGAGCCAUCGACGUGGCGAUUAGGGAGCUGUGGAUAUCUUGGACGCACAACCUAGAUGAAAAAUGCGCCGCUGGCUUGAACAGAACUUUGAUGAGAAAAAGUGCUGAAAAUCCUGGACUAUUGGAGUGUAAUAUUGACGUGAAUAUUUUGGAUCUAUGUAAGGAAGCAAGUCACUGGGAGAAUUUACAAAUGGAUAUACCCUUGCACGCAUAUCAGGUAUAUAUGAAAAGUAAGACAGUGUUCUACGUGUACGAGAGCGUCCUGGCGGUUGUGAAGGGGUACAAUAAGAUACUCGACUCGCUGUCGGAAGAGGAAAGGCUGUUGUUCAAGCCGCUCACCUUGGCCUGUGAAAAAAAAGUUCAACCGGGAAUCACAAAAUUGACAUGGACUUCAACAAUGUCUGAUGCUUAUAUCGCGGACUGCGUCACCCAAAUCGGAGAACUUCAAGAUUUUUUAACAACAUACAAAAAUUGUAAUAUAAACUUAGUGAAAAUAAUGGAAAAAAUAUGCGAUACUCCCCUAAUUGAAUUUGAUAUUUAUAAUGUAUUCGCGAUAAGAGAAUUACGACAAAUGAUUAGGGAAAUGGAAGAAAGAGCAGCCGCUAAAAUAUUAGAUAUGUACAAGGAAAUUAUAACAUACAUUAUUAUUGUGUAUGAAGGAUUUGAGGCCUAUAUAACGCAGAUGGCAGAUCAUUGGAUAAAAUACGUCAGGAGAUUUGAUCGUUUAUUCGAAGAUGCGUUACGUUUGGCGAUCAAAGCCACAAUGAAAAAUAUGUACAAAGCUGUGCACGGAGAUGGUACAAUGGCACCCUCGCCUCUCAUCAAAAUGAGUCUUUAUUUGACUGAUAAGCAUAUCACAUUUAUUCCAAAUCGUAAUGAAUUAUUAGAUACUUUUACGACGAUUAUUGAAGAAAUUAUUCAUCUUCUAAGUACAAUUCCGAGAUUAUACGAGAAGUUUGGAUUACCCGCUGGAGGUCUUAAGAAGUUUACCGAAGUCAUAAAGACGGAUACAGAUAGCAAUAAAUUACAAGCUUUGAUUAACGCGGAAAUAGAAUAUAAUUUGACUCUAGUGACUGAGCACAUACGCAUGUGGGAUCCUUAUUCUCACAUUUGGAAGGUAAAUAAGGAUGAAUUUAUGUCGAAGUAUAGACAAGAAGGUCAUAUAGCUGCGGAUUUUGAUGAACUUAUAAUCAACUACAGUAAUCUUGCAAAUGCUGUUCAAAUACAAGAAACCGUUAAUCAGAUCCAUUUUAUAACACUAAACUCCAGCGAAUUAAAGAAAUCGAUUAUUUCCCACUGUUUAGUGUGGCAGACAAAGUUGGGAGAACUGCUUAGGAAAAUAACUGAGUCCGACAUUGAUAAUGUUUAUGCGUACAUAGAUAAAAGCAGCACACAAGCCAUGACCAUGCCUACAGAUUUAAAAGAAUUAGCUUCAGCAAUGGCUACGUAUGAGUGCUUGAUGUCGGAGAUAACGCAAAUCGAAAAGACGUUUCCACCUAUUACCGAUAAAAUGACCACUCUUGCUAAAUUUGAGGUGGAGAUCAGUUCGGAUAUGUCAACACGACACGAGAACAUACCUGUUGCUUGGACCGAAUAUCUCGCUCUAUUGGAAGAAGCAAAGAAGGCGUUGGAGAUGAAUAAAGAUAAAUUUAAAGCUGAACUCCUGGAACAAGCUGAGGUAUUCAAAGAAGCGGCUAAAGAAUUUUGUGAAGAUUUCUAUAAAACUGCUCCAUGCAGCUCUGAUGUAACCGGUAAAGACGCAUUGGCUCAGUUGAAAGCGUAUAGAGAUCAACUUAAUGCGCUUCGAGCCCAAGAACAACAAAUAAGAGAUGGGCUUGCCGUGUUCAAUUUAACGACUCCCGUGAACCUAGAACUGCAAAAGAUGGAGAAAGAACUAGAAAAAUUGGAAGAAGUGUGGGGAUUGGUGUUUCAAUGGGAGGAGUCAUGGGAAAAAUAUAAAACACAAACCUUUUGGGAAAUGGAAACUGAUGAAAUGGAAGACAAUGUUAUGUAUCUGUUUAGAAACUUUAACCGCCUUUCGCGUCAACUUAAAGAAAAGGGAUGGGAUAUUAUUGACACGACUAGAGUAAAAGUAGACGCAUUUCGACGAACAUUGCCAUUGAUCGGCGAUCUUAAGAAUCCUUGCAUGAGGGAGAGGCAUUGGGAUAGAAUAAAGACCCUUAUGGGAGUGGAAUUUGACCAAAAUUCCGAGGAUUUUAAGCUCGAACUAAUAAUGCGGCUCAACUUCCAAGCGUAUGCUGAAGAUAUCGCUGAGAUAUCGAACGCAGCAACAAUGGAGUUGAACAUAGAGAACGGCCUUAAAGCUAUAAGAGAAGUGUGGAAGGCUACAACAUACGAAAUGCAACAUCAUAGAGGCGAUAUGUAUAAAAUUAAGAAUGUAGAAGAUGUCUCACAGUUUCUCGAAGACCAUCAAGUUCAACUAUCCUCUAUGAAAUCAACCAAAUACGUAGAGCCAUUUAUCAAAGAAGUGGAUUAUUGGGAGAAAUCUUUGGGUUAUGUGGCGGAAUGUAUCGAGAUAUCGUUACAAGUGCAGAGACGUUACUUGUAUCUCGAAAGCAUUUUUAGCGGAGAAGAUAUUAGAAAACAACUUCCCAAUGAAGUUAAAGUUUUUGACGCAUUAACUGAUGAUUGGACAGAAAUAACUAGCAAUAUGUACGCUGGGAAAAACGCAGUAGAAGCAUGUCUAUACAAGCCAGCUCCAUAUUUGUUCAAUAAGCUUAAUCAAAUGGUUGAUAACUUGGAUGGAAUAUUGCGAGCGUUAGAAAAGUAUCUCGAAACAAAGCGACAACUAUUUCCUAGAUUCUAUUUUAUAUCUAACGAUGAUUUACUAGAGAUAUUAGGAAACUCAAAGAAACCACAGCUAAUUCAAGUUCAUUUAAAAAAGUUAUUUGAUAACGUGAAUAAAAUCAAAAUUGAUAAGAAUGCAAUGGGCUUGCCAGUAGCUAAAGCGAUGAUGUCGGACGACGGCGAGUGUAUAGAGUGGAAGUAUAACCUGGUGUUGGAUGGUCCGGCCGAAGUUUGGUUGCUGGGCCUGGAACAUACCAUGAGAGUUGUCUUAAGAGAGCAAUUAAUAUUGACACGAGCUGCAUUAAGGAAAUGCCGUUACCAAAGAGAACAGUGGAUUAACGACUGGCCAGGUCAGCUCGGAAUUACCAGCAGCAAGAUUCAAUGGACUUCCGAUUGUACUAGAACAUUGUGUCGCUGCGACAUUAUGAAAGAGAAAAAACCGCUGAAGAAACUACGUAAGAAGCAGAACCAGAUCCUGGCUACUUUACAGAUGAUGUCUAGAAAGGAAAUUUCUAAAAUUUUGCGUUGUAAAGUAAACGCGUUAUGUGUGAUUGAAAUUCACUCUCGAGACACUGUGGAGAGACUUUAUAAGAUGGGAUGUAUGUCAGUGUCAGCAUUCGAAUGGUUCUCUCAGCUGAAGUUUUACUGGGAUCGUGAACGCGAAGACUGCUAUAUCAGGCAGACAAACACGAACUCUAUCUACACAUAUGAGUACAUUGGUAAUUCGGGUCGACUGGUUAUAACGCCGCUCACUGACCGAUGCUACAUAACGCUGACUACAGCUUUACACCUGUUUCGCGGCGGCAGUCCGCAGGGUCCAGCGGGAACUGGUAAAACAGAGACAACGAAGGACCUCGGUCGAGCUCUAGCGAGAUGGGUGGUUGUCACUAACUGUUCCGACGGACUCGAUUACAAGUCUAUGGCUAAAUGUUUUGCAGGUAUAGCUCAGAGUGGAUGCUGGGGUUGUUUCGACGAGUUCAACCGUAUCAACAUCGAGGUGUUGUCGGUGGUGGCGCAGCAAAUCCUGGCAGUACUGCUAGCUCUGUCCCUCAAUCAGAAGCGGUUCGUGUUCGAGGGCUCCGAUAUCAAGCUCGAUGGCAACUGUGGAAUAUUCAUUACUAUGAACCCUGGUUACGCCGGACGUACGGAGUUACCUGAUAAUUUGAAGUCAAUGUUUCGUCCGAUUGCGAUGUGUGUUCCUGACUCGCUUAUUAUAGCUGAGAAUACACUGUUCUCGGAUGGGUUUACAGCUUAUAAGAUAAACGCGAAAAAAGUUUUCACAUUGUAUCAACUUGCAAUGCAGCAGCUUUCGAAGCAGGACCAUUACGAUUUCGGUCUCAGAUCUAUGGUCGCGUUGUUGAGAUACGCCGGAGUUAAGAGACGUGCUUAUCCAAACUUGCCAGAACAAGAGAUGGUGAUCUUAGCCAUGAGAGACAUGAACGUGGCUCGGUUGACUUCCAAGGAUGUUCCCCUGUUCGACGGUAUAAUGCGGGACAUAUUCCCCGACGUUGAGAUCCCGACCCUGGAUUACGAAAUGCUAGAGAACGCCAUAUCCGCAGAGAUGAGACUGCUGACCUUGCAACCAGUGAGGGCUGCUUUGCAUAAAGUGAUACAGACUUAUGAGACCAAGAAUUCCCGUCACUCCAGCAUCCUUUUGGGCGAUACGAACACCGCUAAAACGGUAUCGUGGAAGAUAUUGGCUGCGACCCUCAGUCGACUGCGGCGUGAGAACGUGCCGGGUUUUGAAAAUGUGCAAGUUUAUCCUAUGAACCCGAAAGCUUUGACUCUGGGGGAAUUGUAUGGGGAAUACAAUUUGGCUACAGGCGAAUGGAAAGAUGGGGUCCUGUCGUCUAUUAUGAGGACGACUUGUCAAGACGAGUCCCCUGAUCAAAAAUGGAUAAUAUUCGACGGUCCGGUCGAUGCGGUGUGGAUAGAAAACCUAAAUUCUGUGAUGGAUGAUAACAAAUUGCUCACACUCGUUAACAGCGAGAGGAUAUCUAUGCCUUCGCAGGUAUCUCUACUGAUAGAGACGCUAGACCUCGCCGUAGCUUCGCCCGCCACCGUGUCGCGAAACGGCAUCGUGUACAACGACUACAAGGAUUGGGGCUGGUGGCCCUUCGUUAACUCCUGGCUCGAGUCGGUCAGCGACCUGGAGUACAGGGAGACGCUGCGGCGGCUGUUCGCGGGCACGCUGGGCCCGGUGCUGGAGCUGCGGCGCCGCCUGCGCGAGGGCGGCGGCGCGCGCGCGCAGCAGCUGUCGGGCGUGCGCGCGCUGUGCCGCCUGCUGCCGCGCCUCGCGCCCGCGCCGCCCGACGAGACCUUCGCCAAGAUGCGCUUCCUGUUCGCUAUGGUGUGGUCGGUGUGCGCGACGUUGGACGAGGAGAGUCGCCGCAAGUUGGACAAUUGGGUGAGAGAGCACGAGGGCCUGUUCCCGUUGAAGGACACGGUGUACGACUACUACGUGGACGAGAGGCUGAGGGAGUUCAAGCCGUGGGAGGAUAAGUUACCGGAUAAUUGGAGAUACAAUCCGAGCUUAGGCUUUCACACUAUUCUGGUCCCAACGGUGGAUUUUAUUCGCGUCCAAAUAGUAGCACUCGAGGUGAUCCGCGGGGGUAACGGUGUGCUGGUGAGCGGACCCACUGGCUGUGGUAAAAGUUGCCUGCUCCAGGGGACGCUGGGUAGCUUGGACCGAGACAGAUAUAGCACACAAGUGAUCAACAUGUCAGCGCAAACGACAGCUGCUAAUGUGCAGGAUAUUAUUGAAGCUAGGCUUGAAAAGAGAACCAAAGGCAAUUACGUUCCUGCUGGAGGUAAGAAGCUGAUAGCGUUCAUGGACGACAUUAAUAUGCCGGUGCGGGACGAAUACGGUUCCCAGCCGCCUUUGGAGCUCAUGCGACUCUGGUACGACUACGGGUUCUGGUUCGAUCGCCAGAAGCAGUGGAGGAAGAACGUGAAGGACAUGGUGCUGUGCGGCGCGGCGGGCCCGGCGGGCGGCGCGCGCUCGGCGCUGCCCGCUCGGCUGCUGUCGUGCUUCCACGCCUUUUACCUGCCGGCGCCCGCGCACUCGCAACUCGUCGGCAUCUUCGGCACCAUGCUCGACCAGCACCUGCGGGACUUCGACGAGGAGACCAAGACGCUCGGAAAAAUUGUCUUGACGGCGACCAUCGAUAUGUUUAACAAUAUAGUAGCGAAGCUCUUACCUACGCCCAGUAAGAUGCACUAUUUAUUCAAUCUGAGAGACAUCUCAAAAAUAUUCCAAGGUCUUUUGCGAAGCAAUAAAGAUUAUCAAAACACGAAGCCUCGCUUCCUUCGACUUUGGGUUCACGAGUGUUUCAGAGUAUUUGGCGAUCGGCUUACUGAAGAGAAAGAUCGCGAUUGGUUCAUGAACCAAGUUGGGGACAUGCUGGGCAAGCACUUUGAGCUGACGUUCCAUGCUUUGUGCCCCAGCAAGGCUGCGCCAAUAUUUGGACACUUUCUUAAUCCCUUCGAGAUAUAUGACGAUCUUAACGAUCCUAUUGCCUUGAGGAAAUACAUAUCUAACCAGAUGGAUGAGUACAACAGUUGUCCGGGCGUGGUUAAGAUGGAUCUCGUGCUGUUCAAGGAUGCAAUCGAGCAUAUCUGCCGAAUCGUGCGCGUCAUAUCGCAACCUCGCGGGCACAUGCUGUGCGUUGGAAUAGGUGGAUCCGGCCGGCAGAGUUUGACUCGCGUGGCGUCUUACAUUUGUGAAUAUAACUCGUUCCAAGUGGUCGUAACUAAGACUUAUGGAAUCAAAGACUUCAGGGAAGAUUUGAAGGUGUUGUACACGAGUUGUGGCGUUGACACCAAAACUACGACGUUCAUAUUCUGCGACACUCAAAUAGUGGAGGAGACGUUCACUGAGAUUGUCAACAACCUUCUCAGUAGUGGGGAGGUUACGAAUCUCUACAAGGCAGACGAGUUUGAGGACAUAAAACAAUCGCUGGAAAAGCCGAUGAAGAAUGCGAAUAUAGUCCAGACGAACGAGUCCGUGUACUUGUUCCUAGUCGACCGCGUCCAAGCCAACAUGCACAUCGUGCUAUGUUUCAGCCCUAUUGGGGAUGAGUUUAGAAACCGCAUACGACAAUAUCCAGCUCUAAUCAAUGCUACUACAACAAAUUGGUUCUUGGAGUGGCCGCGUGAGGCGCUGCUUGAAGUAGCCUACAAGUUUCUCGAGGGAGUAGAAUUGCUUGCCUCGAUCACUGGUCCCAGGAUUCGCAGGAAGGAAUCUCUUGUAGAAAGUCGUGAAGAUGCUCUACGAGCGUCGGUUGCAUCUAUAAUGUCACUGAUUCACUCGUCAGUGGGUCAAUACUCGGUGAAGAUGUGGCGCGAGAUGAGGAGAACCAAUUACGUCACUCCCACUAACUAUCUGGAGCUCGUCUCCGGAUACAAGGAGAUGCUAAGGCUCAAACGAAUCGAAAUAGCCCUCCAGGCCAACAAGCUACGAAACGGACUCGGGAAAGUCGAGGAAACCACCAAACUUGUCGGUCAAAUGUCCGAGGAACUGGCCGUCGCCCAGGUGCAAGUGGCGGAGUACACGGAGCAGUGCAUCGAGUACAUGGGCGUGAUCAACGCGCAGCAACGCAACGCGGACGAGCAGCAGCGCAGCGUUGCGGCGCGCAGCAAGAAGACGCAGGAGGAGGAGGUGCAGUGCAAGAAGCUCGCCGACGCCGCCAUGCGCGACCUGGCCAGCGCCAUGCCCGCGCUUGAGGAGGCCGUCAAGGCCCUGGACGCUCUCAACAAGAAGGAUAUUACGGAAGUGAAAUCGUACGCGAAACCUCCACAGAAGGUCGAGAUGGUGAUGGAAGCUGUUCUUAUAUUACUGCAGAAGGAACCGACCUGGGCGGAAGCGAAGCGACAACUUGGCGAUCAAUAUUUCUUAGACAGACUACGAGAGUUCGAUAAAGAUAAUAUAGCUGACAAGACGUUGAAGAAGAUCGGUACAUACACGGCUAAGCCGGACUUUGAUCCGGAGAUAGUGGGGACCGUCUCCCUCGCAGCCAAGUCGUUGUGUUUGUGGGUACGAGCUAUUGAGAAGUAUGGAAAAGUUUACAAAAUUGUUAAGCCAAAAAAAGAACGUCUCGAAGAAGCACUAGAAUCUCUGCGCAUGAAACAGCAAAUUUUAGCCGAAGCACGCGCCAAGCUAAGGGAGCUGAGCGAGAUGAUCGCUCGCCUGCAGAAGGAGUACGACGAGAAGCUUGCGCAGAAGGAGGAGCUGGAGAGGAAGUCGAAAAUGUUACAACUUAAACUAGAACGUGCCGAAGCGCUCAUUACUGGGCUAUCGGGUGAACGAGAGAGAUGGGAGUUGACCGUGGAACGUCUAGACAAAGAGUUUGAUAACCUACCCGGUGACUGCCUCAUAGCUACCGGCUUUGUGGCCUACCUCGGGCCUUUCGUAUCUGAGUAUCGUGAGGACUUGAUGGGAGAUUGGUUCAAGGAAGUGUAUAACGAAACGUUACCAGUGACUAUGGAUUUAAGCAUGAAGACUUUUCUACUCGACGAUGCCACAUUGAGGGAUUGGAACUACAUGGGGCUGCCGGAUGAUAACUUCAGUGCUGAGAAUGGUAUAAUAGUGGUGCGAGCGACUCGCUGGCCACUGGCCGUGGACCCGCAGGGACAGGCGCUCAUCUGGAUCUCCAGGCUGGAGGAAAAGAACGAUAUUCAGAUCGUCGACUUUGGUCAGCCAAACUACCUCAAGAUCAUGGAAACGUGUCUAUCACAAGGCCAACCUAUUAUUGUCCAAAAUGUAGGCGAGGUCCUUGAUCCGUCUAUCGCGCCUAUAUUAGACAAAGCCAUCGUUAAGAUUGGUGCCGAUUUGGUUAUCAAGUUCAAUGAGAAAAUGGUGCCCUACAACCCAGAGUUUAAGAUGUAUCUCACUACGAAGCUUGGUAAUCCAGUGUACACUCCAGAAACAUUGACUAAGACGACGAUGGUGAACUUCGCGGUGAAGGAACAGGGUCUGACGGCGCAGCUCCUUAGCAUAGUGGUACGGAAGGAACGGCCGCAGCUGGAGACCAUGAAGGACAACCUCGUGAUGACCAUCGCCAAUAAUAAGAAAGUUCUUAUAGAUUUGGAGAACGACCUACUCCGAAUAAUGUACGAGUCACAGGUACCUCUUCUCGAAAACGAGGAACUGUUCAUCACACUACAGACUUCACAACGCACGUCGCUCGAAGUGAAGGAAGCGCUUAUCACGUCACAGGACACGGAGAAAGAAAUAGAUACCGCUAGACAGGGGUAUGUGCCAGUAGCGGUUCGUGCUUCGGUGCUUUUCUUCGCUCUAAACGAUUUGUCUCGGAUCGACCCAAUGUACCAGUUCUCGCUGGACGCCUACAUCGACCUCUUCACGUACUCCAUCGACCGCAGUCCAAAGGGCGGCGAGCUGCAGGAUAGAAUUAACAACCUUAAUGAAUUUCACACCUUCGCUGUAUACAAAAACACAUGCCGUGCGUUAUUCGAGCGUCACAAGCUUUUGUUGUCCUUCCACAUGGUGUCUCGGAUCCUCUUUCAGAUGGGCAAGAUGAGCACCCACGAAUAUCUGUUCUUACUUAAGGGGGGAGUGGUGCUGGACCGAUCCGAACAGCCUGAUAAUCCUACAAAUUGGAUGCCCGACGACUGCUGGGACAAUAUUACGGAGCUGGAUAAGUUACCCGGUUUCCACGGCGUCAUCGACAGCUUCGAAGUGUUUUCGAAGGAGUGGAAGGAGUGGUACCUUCAUCCUGAACCGGAAACACAGCCGCUCAUUGGCGACUGGAACGACAUCUGCAACGAGUUCCAGCGCAUCCUGUUCGCGCGCUCGCUGCGCGUGGACCGCGUGGCGGCGUGCGUCAGCGCCUACGUCGUCAACGCGCUCGGCCCGCGGUACGUCGAGCCGCCCGUGCUCGACAUCAAGGCGGCGUGGGAGGAAUCCACCUGGAAGACCUCGCUUCUGUUCGUGCUGUCGCCGGGCGUGGAUCCCACGUCGGCUCUCAUCCAACUCGCCGUCGACGUGAAGAUGUUCGACAAAUUCCAGUCCCUCAGUCUGGGGCAGGGACAGGCGCCCACUGCGGCGAGAAUGCUAGCCCACGGCAUGAAGGAGGGCGGUUGGGUGUUCCUGGCGAACUGCCACCUCGCAUGCGUGUGGCUCGGCGCUCUGCGCGGGCUAGACAACCCACGCAUUCACCCGCGCUUCCGGCUGUGGCUGUCGUCCAUGCCCGACGACAAGUUCCCGCUGGGCGUGCUGCAGCGCUCCAUCAAGAUGACUACCGAGCCUCCGCAGGGUCUGAAGGGCAACUUAGUGAGACUAUUCGCAAAUUUAAACGAAGAUAAAUUCGACGAAGCCACUCCCAAGUAUCGCCGGCUACUCUUUUGCGUGUCCUUUUUCCACUGCUCGCUUAUAGCUCGCAAACGUUUUCGUCAGCUCGGAUACAACGCCGUGUACAGCUUUAACGAUUCAGAUUUUGAGGUUUCAGAUAAUCUGCUUGCCAACUAUCUGGAAGAAUAUGAAGAGGUACCUUGGGACGCGCUUAGGUAUCUUUUCGCUAUCAUCAACUACGGAGGUCACAUUACUGACGAUUGGGAUAAACGUGUUCUCAUCGCGUACAUCAACCAGUUCUUCUGUGAGGAGGCACUGGAUACGCCUUUUUAUAGACUGUCUAGCAUACCAUCAUAUCAUAUCCCACGUGAUGGUAGCCUGGAAUCAUAUCGAGACUUCUUAGAUCUAUUGCCAGCUGCCGAACGAGCUGAGUCAGUGGGACAACAUGCUUCCGCUGACGUCGCUACAUUGGCACAAGACGCUCGGAUCAUGUGUUUGACUCUUUUCGCAUUGGCGUCGACGGGGGGUGGUGGUGGUGGAGGCGGGGAAGAUCAGAAGGUUGACGAGCUCGCAUCGGAGAUGUUGUCCAAGUUGCCGUCUCGCAUCGACGUGGAGACGACGGAGCGCAUGAUGGGGCCGGAGAUCGUGAUGCCGAUGUGCGUGUCACUGCUACAGGAGAUCGGAUAUUACAACGUACUCAUUGGCAACAUCGUUUCUGGUCUUCAGGAGCUACGUCGUGCUAUCGAAGGUCUGGUGAUAAUGUCCGAAAUACUAGAGACCAUGUACUCUUGUAUUUUCGAAGGCAGGGUUCCUGGGUUUUGGCAAAAGGGUCGCCCGUCGUUAAAGCCUCUGGGCGCGUGGUGUCGCGAGCUGUCGCUGCGCGGCGCGCACCUGUCGGCGUGGGCCGGCGCCCCGCGCGCGCCGCCCGCGCUGUGCUGGCUGCCCGCGCUCGUCGCGCCCACGGGCUUCCUCACCGCCGUCAUGCAGACCACUGCCCGCGGAGAGAGCUGGCCAAUCGACACUCUGUGCUGGGAGUUCAACGUGAUGCCGCUGGAGGAAACCGCCUUCGUGCGUCCGCCGAGAGACGGCGGUGUUUAUAUUAGAGGCUUGUACCUGGAAGGAGCUAGUUGGUUCCGUAAAGAUGGACAUUUGCAAGAACCCUUGCCGAUGCAACUUGUGUUCCCAAUGACGCCCAUACAUUUUAAACCAGUACGCUCAACAGGCAGACGGCUUAGAAAUCGUUACGUAUGUCCGUGCUACUACUACCCUCUGCGCAUGGGCGCUUUCGUAGUGGCCGUCGACCUCCACUCUGGUAAGGAAACCUCCGACUUCUGGGUCAAACGAGGAACCGCCCUACUUUGUACUCUAUCUACUUAACUCUGGAACCGAAUAUGAUAUAUGUCGAUACUAUUGUUACUUAUAGACAGACAUGUGAAAUCUAGAUUAAUAAUAUAUUAAAGUUAUUACAAGGAAAAUUAUUAUAGUU